AUGACCUCCAACAAUGAUGUACCACCAUUUGUGAAAGACAAACACAUACAUUUCAUAAUUGAACAAGAAUCAAAUCGAUCUUAUGAAUAUUGGCUUAGUGAACAUCUACGAAUGAAUGGAUUAUAUUGGGGAAUUACAGCAUUAAUUACAAUGAAAACAUUAAAUAAUACAACAUUACCUCAGCAAAAAGUAAUUGAAUAUGUAAUGAGUUGUUGGGAUUCUGAAUCUGGAGCAUUUGGAGCAUUUCCUAAACAUGAUGCUCAUAUAUUAUCUACUUUAUCUGCAUUACAAAUUUUAAAAUAUUAUAAUUAUGAAUUACACCCAUUAACCACAGAUCAAAAACAAAAAAUAGUGAAAUUCAUAAAGUCUUUACAAUUACCGAAUGGAAGUUUUCAAGGUGAUUCAUUUGGAGAAAUAGAUACAAGAUUUACAUAUACUGCAAUAUCAGCAUUAUCUUUAUUAGAUGAAUUAACAAAAGAAAUUACAAAUCCAGCUACUGAAUUUACAUUAAAAUGUUUUAAUUUUGAUGGAGGUUUUGGAUUAGUUCCAGGAUCAGAAUCACAUGCUGCUCAAGUAUUUGUAUGUGUUGGAGCAUUAGCAAUAAUGGAUGAAUUAAAUCAAAUUAAUAAUUUAAAAAUUAGUAAUUGGUUAAGUGAAAGACAAGUAUUACCUUCUGGUGGUUUCAAUGGAAGACCUGAAAAAUUACCAGAUGUAUGUUAUAGUUGGUGGGUAUUAGCUUCAUUAUCAAUAUUAGGCAAAAAAAACUGGGUUAAUUUGGAAAAAUUAGAAAAUUUUAUUUUAACUUGUCAAGAUUUGGAAAAUGGUGGGAUUAGUGAUAGACCAGAUAAUCAAACAGAUAUAUAUCAUACAUGCUUUGGAAUAGCAGGAUUAAGUUUAAUUGAUUUUAAAAAAUAUGAUUUUGAUGAAAUUGAUCCUGUUUAUUGUAUGCCAACUAGAAUUGUAAAAGAUUUUAAAAAAUGGAAGAAUAAAUGA